UAGAAGAAAAAGCAGCUUUCUUAGUCUCUGGUAAAGGGAAUAAAUGCACCAGCAAAAGCGAAUAUGAUGCCAAAAAAGCUAAUUACAUAAGAAAAUGCGAUGAAUUAAUUAACGGCUUACAAGCGAAAACAAGUGCCGCAAUGGAUAAACAUGUGGUUUCAAAACUAGAAGCUAAUAGAAAAGGUAUUGAAAAGUUAAAAGAACGGAAGAUGGAAGAAAACAAGCGUAAAGCUAUGAAAGAAACUGAUCCAGUUAAAAAGGCAACUCUAAUCCAAGCGAUUGAAGAUGAUGGAAAAGUACUCCAGCAAAAUUAUGAAAAAAAGAAAAAAAUUGACAGUAAGUUUCGCUUUGAUCCUAGCAAAAAAAUUAAUGAUUUAAUCGAAAGUAUGAAGCAGACUAUAGAGAAUAGUAAGAACAGAAAUAAAUCAUCUAGUUCUAGUAGCAAAAGGAAAAAUACCGCUAAUUCUAACAAUCCUAAAGAAGAUAAUCAAAAUAAUGAACCUUUUAAUAAUAAUGAAAACAAUAGUGAAGAAAAUGAGUUUGAACCAAACUGA